CGUAACAAACAGUCACAGAAGAAGACGAGCUUUCCUUGUUGUCUUUCCUGAGUUGUUAGUUUGUAGAACAUGGAUGUGAACCAAACAUCAUACUGUACUGUGUUGGAUAAGAAGAGCCAGUCUAAAUUUAUUUGCUAUACGCGUAGAAAAAACGGAGUGUUUUCUAUUUCACCAUGCGAUGAAUUACAUUUUUGCUGUAUCAUCUGCUGUAGUUUGACAGAUGCUACUGAUGUUUGGAGCACAGAAUACACCGAGGACACACUGAGCCAGUUUAGACAGAAGUUUGCCUUGAAAUCUACAGAGGAUUAUAUUCUAAAACUCAGGUCAGCCUGUGAUAGAGGGGAUGUGUCUGUUAUGGUCCAUGACACCAGGGCGGAGUUCCAGGUGGGCUCCAGUCCAGGUGACCUGCAUGUGACCUUAUCCAGGCUGGAAGGCCCACAGGCUACAGAGGAGCUGAAGGAGCUGCUGUUCAGGAUGGCUGACAGUCUCUGCCUGCCUGAUGUUACACCCCUGCCUGUCAGUCCAGUGAAAAAUCACCAAAAGCGUCUCACAGACUUUGAGCCCCGGCAGCAGCUGAAUUCUGCUCCAUCAGUGACUGUGAAGAGACGACUUCCAGGGGCUUCCCUCAUCAACCCAGGAACUAAAAAAAAGCUGCAGGCGACUGGCGUGGCCUUUGAUGACGCAGAUGAGGACUGAUCCUGUGGUCAACACAAACCCGUUUUGUCCUCCACGUUCUCACAUUGCUGCUGCACAACCAACACAGAAUGUUUUUUUAACCCAUUAACACAACAUUAUGAAGUUGAUGCAUAUUGUUUUUAUCAGCUGCUCGACUACCUUUGUGACAUUUUUUUUUUUAAUGGUAUUUAAAUAUUUCUCAGUGUGAUGAGUGUCUUAUUCUCAGUCCUUCCUCCUGAGUGAUGCUGUGAUGUUUAUGAUAGGUUGAAUUUUAUUUACAUUAAAAUCUGCAAAUGAAAUAAAGAAUA